AUGUCAGAUUAUUACGAGUUCUUCAGAGGGAAGAGUAUUGGUAAAGUUGUUAAAAAGAUCAACCAGAAAUUCAAAACUGAUGACUCCUUUUUCAACUUGGAUGACGUCCGUGUAAUGUAUGUGCUGUGUGCUUUUGAACAGUGCCUGCUAAAUGGUUCUGAUUGGUGCCGAUUGAUGGAUCAUGAAGACACACUAACUUUUGAAUAUCUCUCAGACAUUAAGCAAUAUUGGAUCAACGCUUAUGGUUACAAGGUGAAUUACCAACAGAGUUGUCCAAUCAUGAAAGAUCUUCUCCACAGCAUCCUUACAUCAGUAGAAGCUCACAGAGGAGGGAAAAAUUAUACCAAAGGCCAUUUCAUGUUUGGUCAUGGAGAAACUCUGGCUCCUGUCUAUUCUGAUCUUGGACUUUUCAAAGACACCAAGCCUUUAAAAGCAGAAAAUUUCCAGGCGCAACAUCACAGAAAAUUCCGUUCCAGUUACAUCUUACCGUUUGCUGCCAAUAUUGCUAUUGUCACAUACCACUGUGUUCCCCAAGAAGGAAUCUAUAUACAGAGAAACGAGAACGACAUAUUUAUGGAACAGGCAACAGAAUACAUUGUACAGAUCUAUCUAAAUGAACGACUUCUCGAUAUUCCUGGUUGUGGGACCAGCUGUCCAAUGAAUGAUUUUCUUAACAAGUAUAAAAAAAUUGAAUCUUGUGAAUUCAACAAAGUUUGCCAUUUAAACAAAUCUUCCUGA